AUGGAGCUGGUCAUCAGCGGCACUUUGACCCACCCCUGGGACGUGGAGGGCAGGCUCCCGUUUGGAGCCCAGCAGCCCCCCUCUUCUUAUCACGGAACCAGGAGGCCCAGAGCCGCCUCUCCUGGCAACACCAGGUCAAGCCUGGCCCAGUCGUUAUGGGCCCUCUUCACCUCGACCCUGGCCAUCUCGCUGGUGUUUGCCGUCAUCCCUUUCUGUCGAGACGUGAAGGUGCUGGCCUCCGUCAUGGCGCUGGCUGGCCUAGCCAUGGGCUGCAUCGACACCGUGGCCAACAUGCAGCUGGUGCGGGUCUACCAGAAGGACUCGGCCAUCUUCCUCCAGGUUCUCCAUUUCUUUGUGGGCUUUGGCGCCCUGCUGAGCCCCCUCAUUGCGGAUCCCUUCCUGUCUGAGGCCAACUGCUUGCCUGCCAACGGCACAGCCAAUGUCACCUCUGGCAGCCACUUAUUUCACGCCUCCAGGGUCCAGGCGUGGCGUUGGUCCAACCAGUCGCUCUCCGGGCUGCCUCCACAGGACAGGGCAGGGACCCACGUGUCAUACGCCUUCUGGAUCAUGGCCCUCAUCAAUCUCCCGGUGCCCAUGGCUGUGCUGUUUCUGCUCUCCAAAGAGCGGCUGCUGGCCUGCUGCCCUGGAAGGAGACCCUUGCUCCUGUCUGCAGAUGAGCUCGCCCUGGAGACCCAGCCUCCCGAGAAGGAAGACGCCUCCUCGCUGCCCCCAAAGUUCCAGCCACACCCAGGGCACGAGGACCUGUUCAGCUGCUGGCAGAGGAAGAACUUCAGAGGAGUCCCUCACUCCUUCUUCGCCAUCCACAUCACAGCCGCCCUGGUCCUGUUCAUGACCGAUGGCAUGACGGGGGAGUACUCAGCCUUUGUGUACAGCUAUGCCGUGGAGAAACCGCUGUCUGUGGGGCACAAGGUGGCCGGUUACCUCCCCAGCCUCUUCUGGGGCUUCAUCACCCUGGGUCGGCUCAUCUCCAUUCCCAUCUCCUCCAAAGUGAAGCCGGCCACCAUGGUGUUCGUCAAUGUGGUCGGCGUGGUGGCGACGUUCCUCAUGCUUCUCAUUUUCUCCUACAACGUCGUCUUCCUGUUCGUGGGGACAGCCAGCCUGGGCCUGUUCCUCAGCAGCACCUUCCCCAGCAUGCUGGCCUACACAGAGGACAUUCUGCAGUACAAAGGCUGUGCGACCACGGUGCUGGUGACAGGGGCAGGAAUUGGCGAGAUGGUUCUCCAGAUGCUGGUUGGUUCGACAUUCCAGGCUCAGGGCAGCUACAGUUUCCUGGUCUGCGGCGUGAUCUUUGGUUGCUUGGCUUUUACCUUCUAUGUCUUGCUCCUGUUUUUCCACAGGAUGCACUCUGGACUCUCAUCAGUUCCUACCCAGGACAAAGCACUAGGAAUGGAAAGCCCAGAGUGCUACCAGAGGUAAAACGGGGGAACGGGGCAGGCGAAGGCGACCGGCUUCUUGAGCACCGGCACAGACCAAAGUGUUCAAGAAAGGUGGGGGUCGCCCUGGAGGCGCUCGCUCCACGCCUUGGCUCGGAUCUUCUCCACAAAUACUUGGUUGGGUAGAAGAAAUUAACUUGACUGGGAAAAUCAUUAGCGGUUUACUGGAUGGGUAUUCAAGUUCCUUUCCUCUUCCCUGGUUCGGACCUUUGGUAAGAGCUGUCCAGGGUACCCAGAUGGGAAGAAAGAAGACAGCCACAUGCUUCACUCCAUUGGCCGCCUCCCGCAUGGACCGUACCCUGGGUUUGAAUUGUUGAAGUUUGAAAGAAUAAGUUGAAAUUAUGAAGUUCGAUGAUCACUGCUAGAUGUAGAUAUAUUUUGAAUCAAAACAAACCGUGUUAUUUCCUGGCAUGCUGAAAGGAUUUAUGUGCUUUUUACUUUCUGAUAAUCCACAGUCCUUCAAAUUCCCAUUGCUGAUUAUCAGUAGUUUGUUUAAAAUCAAAGACAUUGAAAGGAAAAGUUGAAUCCUGCUAUCUUUGGGACACUAAUUCCAUGCUAUACUGGGCCGGCUCAUACUAGCUUAUAAAAGCCGAUUGUUAAAAUUUCACUUUGAGAGCGACCUGUUAAACUCAGCCAGUAUUAAAAAUGAAAUCAUAGAAAGUUAACAAUUCCAUUAAAGAUGAAGGUAAUGACCACUCACAACUCAUCACUUCCUGGAAGUUAUCUAAGCGUAUCUGGGUAGCAGAAAUAGGCUAUCGAGGUGUGACUCUGUCCAUCUCUUCCCAACUGCGCUUUCAGGGGUAACGUGUUUGGUGGCUUGAGGUUAGCCACAUGGAGGAUUCACCCCAUAGAAAUUGGCAAAGCUACAAUUCCUCCCUUUUUUCUUCCCCCUGGAGAGCUGAUGGUUAAACAUCUACCAGCAUACCACUGCUCACAAUCAAUGCCAAGUGGCUCCUAAGUUGUCUGGGAGAAUGGGACAAAGGUUUGGAUUUCUUUACUUGACUGCACUUACAAAACAGUGUAGGAACAGCACUAAGAAAUUCCCAAAAAUAUCUGACUUAAACUUUACAUCUUUUAUAAAGGAAACAAGCUCAUGUCAAGUUGGUUUUUCUUAACAAAAAGCUGGGACUGCCAAGUGAUUCAGAGGGCGCAGAAUACCAAAAGCGGUGUGGAGUAGGCGCUCCUGCCUGGAGCAAAUCCUCUAGGAAUAGAGAGAGACCAGAGCCGGCCACUUGGAUAGGGUGAGGGCACUGAGGCGUCUGUAAGCAGUAAAAUGGCUAUGGUGACUGACCGUACAUCCGCUUACGUGCAGUUUCUCUGCGGUAUGUACAGAUGUGCAUGCGUGAAUAUAAAAAGGGGGUCAAGGUUCUCAGUAGCCUGAGCCGCAUGCCCCACACUGAGCAGCGUACCCUAGCUCGGUAGCAUCAGCAUGUAAGCCCCUCCAUCUGCCUGCAUCCUGGGGGUGACCGGGCCCUCGCUUUCUGGCUGUGCGGCCCUGGGUAGGUAGGUCACCCAUGUUCUUCCAGCCUGGCUUGUUCUCCUUAAAUCUAAGUGACAUCUCUAAAAGAACUUACCCUACCUCAAAGGAAUUCUGAAAGAAUGAAGUGACUUUGUCUAAAGCAAUUAUUAUAUGCCUGACCUGGAAACUGCCUGAUAAAUGUUAGCAAUUUUUAUUUUUAAACCUCUUCAUAAGCAGCUUUGAAGUUGUUCAGAUGUUUGGUACAUAUUUAUUAUAAGUCAGACAGAUCUAAAUUCUUUUUAAGGCUGAUGGUCUAAGGGUGUAUUUUAAGUAUACAUGUAAAUACUUAAAAAUAUUUGAUGGCUGCCAGACUUCAGUGUGCAAUCUAACUGGAGUGACUGACCUGGACAAAAAGAAAGUAGUUGUAUUUUUCUUGCGUUUUUUUCAAAAAACAAAAACAAACCAACAAAAAAAAGCCACAUCCUUUUAUACAGAUUUAGAAAGAAGAAUCAAUGGCUUUAUCUAAGGUGAUCGUGAUUAAUUUGAGAAUAUAAAGAAUGAUAUUGAAGCAAAUCUAAGUGUACCUUUCCUGAAAUAAAAUAUUUUAAAUUUA